AUUGCAGCGUUCGCUAACUGCGCUAACGACGUCUUCUGUGCCGCCGACACCGUCAUCAACUACAUGACCAAAUUCAGACAAGACUGUAACGGCGACGGUCUGGUGGACUGUGAAGACUUCGCUUACAUUCACGUGCUGGGGGGCUACGGCUGCCGGGGGGCGGACUUCCCAUCCAGUCCCUUCUACAGUCGCUUCAGUAACUGCAGGAGGGUGCUGCAGGCUGCAGGUGCCCCCUAACUGCUGCAGGAGGAGGAGGGUGCUGCAGGCUGCAGGUGCCCCCUAACUGCUGCAGGAGGAGGAGGGUGCUGCAGGCUGCAGGUGCCCCCUAACUGCUGCUGCAGGAGGAGGGUGCUGCAGGCUGCAGGUGCCCCCUAACUGCUGCAGGAGGAGGAUGUUCACUAAUUCAUUUCGUCAUAAUUGGCUAAAAUUAGCUCACUAAUUAUAUUCCCAUUGAGAUAUUAAUGAUAUUUAGCGUUAUAUAUAUCGUUCCUUGAUAAUCGUUGUAUCGUUAUAUAUAUACCAAUACUUCGCUAUAUUCAUCUUACUUGAAAUUUCGAAACAAAUUAUUCGAUUUUUUAAUUAAAAAUCAAUAUUAAUUUUUCCAUAGGGAUCAAUGUCAAGCUCUGAAUUUAUUCAAAUGUCGCAAGCCUGUAAUAGUUUAAUUCAGUUUGAUAUUAAAAUUAAAAGUAUUUUGGUUCUCUGAUUCUCCAUUUACGGGAAAACAUUUCUAGAACUUUUAGUCUAGACGCACCGGCAUUAAGAGUUCAGUGCAGCGAAUAUUGAUUAAUUGAAAUAAAAAAUGAAUAGUUUUCACACUGCGAAUAAACAAAAUUCGCCUUCCUCUUCUUACUUCAUAUUUCUCUUCUUCUUGGUGUACCUUU